CUUGGAGGAUGUUCUCAGAGCAGGUUCUGUCUCGAUAACAAAAGAAAAAGAAACAUUUGCAGAGGAGAGUUCGAAGAACAACCUCUGAAAAUGUUUCUUCCUUUAAGAUUGCUUUUUGUUACAAUAGCAUUUGCUUUUCUUGCAAACGUAACAUCAGCUGGCCCCCCCGAAGCCGACUUUAUCGGCGGUCCCGGGCAGGGAGGAGGCGCACCUGAUCCCGCUAGAGUAGAGGAACCCCCGGUGGUGGUGCCUUUCGUCCCCAAGUCUCCGGUUUAUAUCAUUUACUUGGGUGCCACGAAACACGAUGAUCCCAAGUUGGUGGCUCAAUCGCAUCUUGAAAUCUUGAAAUCGGUUCUUGGAAGCGAAGAAGCCGCCAAAAGCUCAAUGAUCUAUAACUAUCAAUAUGGAUUUUCUGGCUUUGCAGCCAAGCUCAAACCAGCCGAGGCACAGAAACUGAAAAAUCAUCCUGAAGUUAUUACUCUUGUGAUAAACCGAAAACUUGUGAUGCAAACAACACGGACAUGGGAUUACUUAGGUCUUUUUUCAACUCCAGCUUCAUCUAAAGGUCUUCUACAAGGGUCCAACAUGGGUAGUGGUGCUAUUAUUGGCGUUAUUGACUCUGGCAUAUGGUCAGAAUCAGGGGUUUUUGAUGACAAUGGAUAUGGACCGACACCGAAACAAUGGAAAGGACAAUGCGUAUCCGGGGACCAGUUCAAAGCUGAAGAUUGCAACAAGAAGCUUAUUGGUGCUAAGUACUACAUGGAUGGUCUUAAUGCUGAUCUCGCAACAAGUAUCAACAGCAGCACAGAACAUAUAUCUCCUAGAGAUCACAAUGGCCACGGGACACAAGUUUCCUCAACGGUGGCUGGUUCUUUCCUUUCUAACUUGACUUUCUCAGGCCUCUCAGCUGGGUCAAUCAUGAGAGGUGCUGCUCCUAAGGCGCAUAUAGCCAUGUAUAAAGCAUGUUGGGACGUGCAAGGAGGGAUGUGUUCGGUUGCUGAUGUCUGGAAAGCUUUUGAUGAAGCUAUUAAUGACGGUGUUGAUGUUUUGUCGGUUUCUAUCGGUGGCUUAUCAAAAGUCAGGUCUCUUGACGUUGAAGUUGACAUCGCGAUUCCAGCGUUACACGCUGUGAACAAAGGCAUCACUGUUGUUUCUCCAGCUGGUAAUGGAGGACCACGCGGUACUACGGUUAUUAACAUUUCUCCAUGGAUAAUAACUGUAGCUGCGACCACCCUUGACCGUUCUUUAUCCGCAUUUAUCACACUCGACAACAAUCAAACGUUCAUGGGUCAGAGUAUGUACACAGGACCGGAACUUGGCUUCACUGAUGUGAUGUUUAGUGAAGAUCAGUCUAGUGUUGCUACAGUAAAGGGCAAAGUGGUGAUGUACUUCGAAAAAGAGAAGCCGAUGCCUGGACCAGAGAUUCUUCAGAGGAAUGGUGCUGUUGGUGUAAUAUAUGUGAGAACCCCUAGUAGUCGUUUGGAAUGUCCUGCAAACUUUCCAUGUAUCUACAUUGAUAUCGACAUUGGUUCCAAGAUUUAUUUCCACAUGGAAACUACGAGCUCACCAAAGGUUAAGAUAAGCCCAUUCAAGGCAGUAAUUGGUGAAAGUGUAGCAAGUACCGUUGGAGGUUCAUCUUCCAGAGGGCCUAGUUCAUUUUCACCUGCCAUUCUUAAGCCGGAUAUAGCAGCACCUGGUUUGAACUUACUAACACCUAGAAUACCGACAGACGAAGAUACUAGUGAGUUCGCCUACUCGGGAACAUCAAUGGCAACUCCUGUUAUUGCUGGAAUCGUAGCACUCCUCAAGAUUUCACAUCCUACUUGGUCUCCUGCUGCAAUCAAGUCAGCUAUUGUCACAACAGCCAGGAGCACCGAUCCAUACGGUGAGCCUCUAACCGCAGAGGGAACCACACCAAAGAUAGCCGAUGCAUUUGACUACGGGGGAGGUCUUGUGGAUAUGGAGAAAGCCACAAAUCCGGGUCUUGUUUACGACAUGGACAUGAAUGAUUACGUACAUUACUUAUGUUCCGCAGCUCUCUACACGGACAAGAGAGUUUCUGCUCUAACCGGAAACGUCACUACCAAGUGUCCGAGCUCAAGUUCAUCGAUUCUUGAUAUCAACGUACCUUCUAUUACCAUUCCAGACCUCAAGGGAAACGUCAAAGUGAUUACCCGAACCGUGACCAACGUUGGACCUGUGGACUCGGUUUACAAGCCCGUGAUCAAGGCUCCUCUUGGAUUCGACGUAAAGGUUUCACCGGAGGAGCUAGUGUUUAACAAAGGAACCAGCAAGGCUGCGUUUACGGUGAGUGUGUCAUCAGGCUCAUACAAAGUGAACACUGGCUUUUUCUUUGGGAGUUUGACUUGGAGUGAUGGACUACACAAUGUCACAAUCCCAGUUUCUGUGAGGACAAGUUUCAUCGAUAACUUUUACCUGUAAAUUGCUGUAACCCAGUUAUUAAUAAGAUAAUGUUCUUCACGGAUGUUGGGGAUGGAAUAAAAAUAUCUUU